AUGAAUAAAAAUAAACUGAUUCAUGAUUUCCUGGAUGGUGUUUCAAGAGGUGAUGUGGAACUCAUCAGCAGCCAUAUUUCUAAAGUUCAUUCCAUUCUUGGAAACUUAGACUUUCAGCACCCCACAACUGGGAAUACAGCUCUCAUUACUGCUGCAGAAAGAAAUUUAAAAGAGGUUAUUGAAUUUCUUUUGGAAAAGGGAGCAGAUGUAACACUCUGCAACUACUGUAAUCAGACAGCUGUCCAUGUAGCUAAUAAUGCUGUCCAAAGGCAACUUCUCCUGGCCAUCAAUGGUACCCGUGCUCCUCAUUUACGAUUGCUACAAACUUCCUGGCAAGGUGAUCUUCAGCAACUUCAGCACUUGCUGGCAUCAGAAAAAUCCUUGGAUAUAAAUUUCCCAAAUCAACAUGGGUUGACUCCUCUGAUGCUGGCAGUGAGAGAUGUUGACCUCUUCGAAAGCCUUGAUAUGUUAACAGAGUACAGGCCCGUUGAACUUCUUUCAGAACUUCUCAAGCAUAAUGCAGAUCCCAAGCUCUGUGAUGUUAAUGGAAAAUCAGCAAUGCAUUAUGUAUCACAAAUAAAAAGUUCAAAGAAGCAGCAAUUACUGGACAUACUGACGAAUUCUUUACCCAAACCAGAAAGACAUCCUGAAUCCUUGCUUGACGUUUAUUACGAUGCAGAUCCUUCUGAAUCUGAAAUGCUGUUGACUGCCAAAAGCCAUACCAUUGUCUUGGGAAGCAUUAGCAGCAGUGAGGAGUCUGACCAAGAUGAAGAUUUUAGUUAUUCUACAUGGACCAGUGAAGAUGAAAGCCCAUGUGAGGAUGUACAGGAUUAUGGGAAUAAGACAAAAGGUGAUGAAAGUAUUAUUACUUUUCAAAGAGAAGACAGCAGUCCCCAAGAAAUGAGCCAAAUUGACAAUGAUUUUGAAGCACACAAUCAGACAACAUCAGUGCUCAGAAAGUGGGCAAGUGAGUGCUCUAUUUCUCUUCCAAAUGAAACUGAGAUGGUGGAAUUCAAAAUGAGGCAACAGACUAUGUUACCUUUCCUUCUCAAGAAAGAGGAAAACUUGAAACAGCUGCAUGGUGGUGACUCUGGUUUUCUGGUGCCAAGACAUUGUUCAGAGCCUAAUGUUUCCAAGUCUGUAAUGGGUAAGAAUACCUUCCAGUUUAUGAAGGCACAGCUUCAACACACUAAAGCUAAUGGUUUUACCAUGCCUGCUAUCAAACUCAGUAGCCAAAGAACUGAGUUUCCCUUACCACAACUAUCAUUCUUUCCUACUGGGUCAAGUCAACUUGUUCUUCUAGAAAAUAACAAGCUUCUUAAAAAGACAGAAAGACAUAUUACAAGCACCACAUGUCCUAUGCCUGGUCUCAUAGAACCCACCAAUCAAUCUGAUGGCUUUCAGUUAUCAAAUAGAUUGCAACAAACCCAGUCUAAAGUGUUUGUGGACCAUAGUCUCAGAACAUCUGACAGUUACAAUUCCAUUUGGUCUAGAAAUAUGUGCUCUUUUCAGAAGGAUCAUUGGCAUUCAUUAGGUGAGGGCUUAGAAAGGGAAGGAAAUCUAAAACGCAGGAAAGCUGAAGAUGGUGUCCAACUUGAAGACUCUCACUUUGAAAAAGGUCCAUUGUGGACAUCCAUUGAGAAUGAGGACAUUUUAAAAGAAGACAACAUUUCCAAAAACAAAGAGUUUGAUCCCCAUGAUGGUAGAAUAAAAGAUACUGAAGAGGGAAAUACUCAUUGUACAACAUCAAGAAGUCAAUAUAGCUUAAGGAGUAGGGACCAUGAACAAGAUCAAGGAAUGAUACACACCACUCAGAUCAAGCUCCAAGAAGUUAACCCUUCAGCAAUGACACAAUGCCAGAGUGAAGGUUCUGGAUAUGAGCUUCCCAAUCUGAAGGGUACAUCAGGGCAUGCAGAUGAGACAAGUGAGCAAAAUCAUAUUUCAGAACUUGUCUUUACAACCAUUCCCAUUGUUAUCACUCCUGACUCUACAGCAGAACUAUCCAAAAGCCACAUAGGCAGAGAGACAUCCACAAAAGGAGCAGGAUCAGAAACAAUGGGGACAGAAAUGAGUGAAAUGGUACCUCUGGUCUGCAUUACUUUUCCUGGAAAUGAAUGCCCCAGGGAACCAGCCAUGGCCAAACAGGGUCUCUCAAAGAGAAAAAGUACUGUUCAUAGCAAUAGCAACACCUUCCAUAGACUUGCUCAUCAAGAAAAUGACAACCGCAGGAUGAAGACCUAUAGGAAGAAACUGGAUUCAAAGACAAAGAUGAAUAGCAGGAUGUCUCAGAACCCCCCAAUUUCUAUCGAGGGUUCCAUCAAACCUACUGUUCAGAAAGCAAGCAUGAAAAGGCUUGAUGAGUCCAAGUCCAGGCAAUCAACCAAACUUCAAAAGAGAGGGCCACACACAGAGGAGAAACCAUUAGACCUCCAUGCUUUGAAACCCCAAAGGCAAUCAUUUCCCUGUAUCUACAAAAAUUCUGAGCCAAAAAAGACUACUGCUCCUGUUUCUGUUCUUCCAGCAAAGUCAAAAUUUAAUUUUUUGGACCUGAAAUAUAGUGAUAUGUUCAAGGAAAUCAAUUCGAGUGACAAAGGACCAGGAAUUUAUGAAAUGUUUGGGACUCCUGUAUAUUGUCAUGUCAGAGAAGCUGGGCGUCAGGAAAACAAAUUCUACAGGGAAACAAGUUCUGCUCCAGCUGGAAGAUGUCUUUCAAACAAAUGUCAUUCCACACAUAAUGAAAGAAAUGGCAAUGGCCGAGUAAGGAUUUCCCAGAAAAAGGGACAUACAAAACUUCCAAAGAGUUCUCUUGGCAUUAAACAAAAGCACAAAAGUUUAAUUUCAAAAGAAAAAACCCCAAAGUCAACAGCAGGUGUCAUAGAAAAUAUGGAAAAUAAUGUAAUUUCAGAACCUGAUUGGCAUAUGAAAUCUUCAGGAAAUACCUCUCCUUCUCAAAAAGAUGGAAUGCAGCUCCUUAAUUCCAUUCAGUCUCCAGAGGACCUUGCUGGAUACCAAACCCAGAAUGAACCCACCCUUAGCUCCGAUUUGUCUAGUAUGGAAAAAGUUUCUGUGGAACAAUCCUUAAAUGACGAAGGUCAUUCCCCCAGUGAGAUACUUGCCACAAGCCUCAGAGAUCUACAUGAGCUUGAAGGGAAGCAUCAGACCAAUUCUGUAACUUCAGUUAAUAUCUGGUUAAAGCCAAGUCAGGAGAAUGCCAUUGAGUCCAUAUUACAAGAAAGAUUUGAUAUGGAGACUCUUGGAAAUCUGAAAGUCAGCCAGACUUUUUCUGAGACCCCAAGUGCUGACAGAAUCUCCAGUGAACUUCAAGCACUGAGUGCGUUGUCUUUCCCAGAGAGAUCAAAAAGUGCAUCUUCCCAGGCAAGUCUAAGCCCAAACUGGACACAUUCGAUGGAAGACAGCAGUUUAGCAAAUAAGUCAAUUACAUAUGAGAAUGCUGAAAAAACUCUAAGUGUUACAAGCUCAAUUUCUAUGGAUACUCUGGACUCUGAAAAUAAUGAACAAGUGACGGAUGAAUUACUAGGUUGUCUAGCAGCAGAACUAUUAGCUCUUGAUGAGAAAGACACAAACUCCUGGCAAAUGGUGACAAAUGACACAAAUGCAGAAACACAAAACCCAACCAUCAAUGGAAGAGGAAAUACCUUCCAAGACCUUGACAAAGAAACAACAAGACUCAAAAUCCAGAAGUACAGUAACAAUUUCUGGCUCUCUGACAAAGAAAAGCCUUUCUUCAGUUUGAAUGAAAAGCCUUUUUCUGAAAACAGUUUAAAGCAUGAAGAGCCUAUUCUAUGGACCAAAGGUGAAAUCCUUGGGAAGGGCGCAUAUGGCACGGUAUACUGUGGUCUUACAAGUCAGGGCCAACUUAUAGCUGUCAAACAAGUGGCUUUGGAUACCUCUGAUCAAGUAGCCAAUGAGAGAGAAUAUCGGAAACUUCAAGAAGAAGUGGACUUGCUCAAGGAACUGAAACAUGUCAAUAUUGUGGCCUACUUGGGAACAUGCUUGGAAAAGAACCUUGUAAGUAUUUUCAUGGAGUUUGUUCCCGGUGGCUCCAUUUCCAGUAUUAUAAACCGUUUUGGGCCCUUGCCUGAGAUGGUGCUCUCCAAAUACACCAAGCAAAUUCUCCAAGGUGUAGCCUAUUUGCAUGAGAACUGUGUGGUGCACAGAGACAUCAAAGGGAAUAAUGUUAUGCUCAUGCCGACUGGAAUAAUAAAGCUGAUUGACUUUGGAUGUGCCAGGCGUUUAGCCUAUGUGAGCUUAACAGGCACUCAUAGUGACAUGCUUAAAUCUAUGCAUGGGACACCAUAUUGGAUGGCACCCGAAGUCAUCAACGAAUCCGGCUAUGGAAGGAAGUCAGACGUCUGGAGCAUUGGCUGCACUGUAUUUGAGAUGGCCACGGGGAAACCACCGUUAGCUUCUAUGGACAGGAUGGCAGCAAUGUUUUACAUUGGGACUCAUAGAGGGCUAAUGCCUUCUUUACCAGAUCACUUUUCAGAAAAUGCAGCAGACUUUGUACGUGUCUGUUUAACCAGGGAUCAGCAUGAUCGGCCAUCUGCUCUGCAGCUCCUGAAGCACUCUUUCCUUCAGAGGAGUCACUGA